AUGUAUUCGAAACGAAGGGAAACUACGGCCCCACACAACGCGGAGGGCCGGGCCUUAUCAACCCCGCCGAGGCUGCUGCGUGGCCCUACCACAGUUAGAUACGACGCGAGUAGUUCGGUGCAUGCGGCACGGGUGCCUGCGAGCGAAAUCGAUAAGGCCAGCGCUAUAGAGCGGCGGCGGGAAUUCCGAAGCUCGCAGCGCGUCGCCUUGACAUCGAAUGGCGCGCGAGACAAUCGCCGCUUGCGACACGACGCGGCGAGUUCCCGGGCCGACGAGCUUUCCGCAACUCGCCACCUUCUUGGGCAAGCGAACGGUUACAAUGUCGACCGCGUUAUGAAUCGACAAAUGUGG